GCGCGGGGGAGGCCCGGGGGUAAGGUCCCCGGCUCUUAAAGAGACCCGGCGCACCGCGCCGCGCUCCCCGCCGACCCGCUGCGCGCCCCCCGCCGCGGCGGCCCCGCAUCCCGCGCCCCUCCCCCGCGGCCAGAAGGGCCGGUGGCCAGGCGGGCCGCACUGCGGGCGGUACCCCGCCUCCACUCCGGAGGGACGGCCGCAGCAGUUCAAGCUCUAUAUUUGUAACAUCACACCGUUGUCUCCUGACUGGACCAUUUUCAAGAACUCACAUCAGUUUUCAUACAGCUUAAAAGAGUGCAAAUUCACCUGCACCAGCGGUAAAUGCUUGUAUCUUGGUUCACUGGUCUGUAACCAACAGAACGACUGUGGGGACAAUAGUGAUGAAGAAAAUUGUCUCCUGGUGACUGAACAUCCACCUCCUGGCAUCUUCAACUCGGAGCUGGAGUUUGCCCAGAUCAUCAUUAUCGUCGUGGUGGUCACGGUGAUGGUCGUGGUCAUCGUCUGCCUGCUAAAUCACUACAAAGUCUCCACACGGUCCUUCAUCAACCGCCCGAAUCAGAGCGGAAGGCAGGAGGACGGGCUACAGCCGGAAGGGCGCCUGUGGCCUUCAGGCAGCUCCGGGCCUCGGCCAGGGGCCUCAGAGAUCAUGUAUGCCCCGAGGUCCAGGGACAGGUUUACCGCCCCAUCCUUUAUCCAGAGGGACCGGUUCAGCCGUUUCCAGCCCACCUACCCCUACGUGCAGCACGAGAUCGACCUUCCUCCCACCAUCUCCCUGUCUGACGGGGAGGAGCCGCCUCCUUACCAGGGGCCCUGCGCCCUGCAGCUCAGGGACCCUGAACAGCAGAGGGAACUCAACCGAGAAUCUGUGCGGGCCCCGCCCAACCGAACCAUAUUCGACAGUGAUUUGAUAGACAUUUCCGUGUGCAGUGGGGGCCCGUGUCCGCCGAGCAGCAACUCAGGCAUAAGCGCCAGCACCCGCAGCAGUAACGGGAUGGAGGGGCCGCCCCCGACGUACAGCGAGGUGAUGGGCCACUACCCAGGCGCCUCCUUCUUCCAUCACCAGCACAGCAGCGCGCACCGGGCGAGCAGACUGCCGUUUCAGCAGGACAGCUCAGGGGGCACAGUGCUGCCCCUCCAGGGCAAAGACAGGAAGCCCGGCAACCUUGUCUGACCCACUCACGUGCGCAGGAGGAGGAAGAUGCCGAGGAGGGAGGAGGGCCGCGCGGCCUCCGCCACCCCCCCGGCACGGUGGUGGUCCGUCUCACCUGCUACAACGAAGUAAAACCAAAUGUGCAAACGUGGUCUUUGUUUCUGAUUCCUUUCAGGGGAAUUGCAUGCAGACUAGACUGAAAUAAUACAAACUUCCAUCCGGUCUGACCGCGAACAGUGUUUAUCUGGGGACAGGCGUCAGGACGGGGUGGGGGUGGGGGCUGGUUUUGGCAAAGGGCGGGCUUGGGAACACAGAGAAAGGGAUGCUUGGAAGAGAUCAUGAAAUAAGACCCACAGAGGUAUUUGAUUUAUUUAAUUAUGAAAGGAGACUUUGCAGAGAAAGAGGCCAGAAUGGCCCAUUUUAUAACUAAUUGAUAAAGAAGGAUGCAUUAUUAUAUAUUAUCAUGGGGAAGUAUCGGCCAGUUUGCUUUUUCUCCCAAGGUGUGGAACUUUUAUUUUGUUUUAAAAACAUGAUUCAAAAUUCCUGUUUUGUGUGCCAAGGUAUAAAGUGAAGAAGUCAGAUGAAUGCAAGGAGUUAAUUUGUGUUGUGACGAUGUGUUUUUAAAAAGUUGCACUAUCUAAAUGUUUAUAUAUGAGGGGACUGUUCCAUGUGAAGUUCUGUAUGUUGUCUUAUCACCUGUGGAUUAUUAUUAGGCCCGAGGAAUACCUGGAGUGUUCCCCAGAAUCACGCGAGAAAAGAUGUUUGGGGAUGUAGCCUCACAUACGCCAACUUACCUAAGUCUGGAAGCCAUUCCUGUUGCAGGAGUUGGCCUCACAUAGCAGUGCAUCACUGAAGUAUUUGGAGACUUUUGGAUGGAAGAUAGGAAAUACUAAAUCCCAGCAUUUCUGACUUGUUUGAGUUACUCUGCUAGUCUUAGGCUGCAUAUUUGAUUAACUUUGACCCCAACACAUGCAUUUAUGUACCCGGUAUCAUGCAGUGCUGCCCAUCCUCCCGCGGUGCAGUUUCUUCAGUAAUUUAGAGGUUUUUUUUUCCACUGUAGCAUGAAAUAUACUCAGAUACAUACAUUAUUUUAUGCAAUAAAUUGUUUAAAAUGCAAGGUGGUUAUUUUUAAUACUGUUGAACUAUGUGACUUCUCAGUGUAUUCCCCGUUUUCUCUCUCCUUUUCUAGAUAGGUAGUUCAGUUCAGGCCUGGAUGGCUGGUCAGGGCUCUGGAGGCUCUCCGCCGUGGCCCCCGGGGCGGCCUACCUGGCCACGGUGUGCAAGGCUUCUUCAUGCGCAGGAGGCCCCUGGAGCAGAUGAGAGCACGCCGAGGUGCCCCGCACCGGAACAAGCCCUUGCACCUCACUGCCGGUGGCGCUGCGCUCUUGGAGGAAUGCGGUGCUCAGAGCCCACCCCAGCUCCAGGGGGAGCGUCCUCAGCUCCCCGGACGGUUACCCAACAGUGCAGGGCGGGGAGCGACUGGAAGCGCACAGGAUAAAAAGCACAAGUAGUUCAAUGCAACUAGAAGGCUAAUUUUAAAUAUUGCUAGUCUUCGCUUUACUACUCCUGAUAUUUCCGGGCAUUUGCUCUUCUGUAGAAUAGAUAACUUCCUUGUGUGGAAGCCCAUCUGGCCCAUGUGACAGCCGUAGCCUGUGGGUUUGGCCCGCACCAGGCCACGGGAGGGCUCGUCCCCUUUGGCCUCUGCGUGUAAAACAGUGAAUUUGGAAUGAUGGCUCAGUGACUCUGAUCUCUGCAGUUUUCCUGCCGAAUCUGCACAUGCGUGUUCAUGUCUGUCUGUGGGUCUCCGGGGUGGUUUCUCAGGGAGGUGACGUGGUGCUGUGGGCUCAGAGCUGGAGACUGUCCCAUCCACUGCUUUCUGCUACUUCUCUUGGUCAGGAGGUGGCUGGUUUUUGUUUUGUUUGGAGGAUCGGAAUGUCCGUUGGACUCACCCGUUCCACACAGUAACCUCCACAGGACUAGUCACUCUUCAGAGGAGAGAGAGAAAAGGUGGGGCAGAAGCUGACACUCAGGCCUCAGAGCCUGUUGGAGGCUUGUGUUCCGGGGGCUGCCUCGGGGAUUCUGAGACCGGGCAGAUCCCUGGGAGCCCGGACUCAGACCCAGAGACUGCCUCUCCCAAGCCCCAGGCCCUCCCGCAGCUCUGCUCGCUGCCUGGGUCACAGGCCUGCACUUAAGCAAGCUGGGCAUCCCCUUGGCUUGAAGCCUGACCUGGCCCCGCAGGGUAAUGUUAGCACGUGACCCAGUCAGGACCCCCCCCAGGUGGGGGCUCAGGGUAGGUUAGGUGUCCUGUCAGAUGCAAAAGGAGAAGCUUAGUCAUCAUUCCAAACCUCACCUGCAAUUUUGGUAAAGUGGUGAACCCGCCUUAUAUAGCUCUUGCUCAAAAUGGUUUCACAGUCCUUUUUCCUACCUGCUACAGGAAUGAGCUAUGGUCAGAAACUGGUAAAUUCCCUAGUUACUUUGCAAGUUUAUGAAUGUUUUGCAGAUGUCCACAAUAAUUGGCAAAGCAAUUAUUUAAUUCAAAUAACUUUAAUCGUCCUUCAAAGGAGGUUCCUCCCAUUUGGCCUCCCUAGAGAAUAAUUGCCCUUUGGAGUUAAAUAGUUAUUUCAAGACACAGACCUAUCAAACCAUGACUUGAUGGUCUUUGAGGCUGGACCUCUGUGAUGAAUUAGUUUGAAAGCCAAGGUCAUGAAUUGAAUUACUAGUCAGUUCCCUUCGACAUGGGGAAAAGGUGAUUUAGAUCCGUGGCUUCUUGGAAGGUGUGGCCGCCCUGUUCGUACCACAUUACUGGCCAGCUGAGGGACAAGAGGUGAUGUGAGGGGGCAGCUUGUACGGGGGCCCAAUGUUCAAGAAGCCCACGUACUAAGGAGACCCGCGGGUCUGGCUUGGGAACCUGUGAUGUAGGCAAUCCGUGGUAGGUUUAUUAUUUCAGUAGAGAGUUAGGAUAAAGGAUUGCAUUGUUCAAAGGAGCAGUGGGUGGGAACUGGUGCUCCCGGGCAUCCGGCUGCCGUCCCCAGACUUCCAGAAGCAGGAAACCCAAGGCGUGUUGAAUCCCGUUUCUAGGAACAUAGUCUUCAGGGGUGUAUUUGCUUUUUUCAGGAGGUCUGUGUUCUUCAGUCGCCAAAGCAGUCCUUAGUACAAAUGAGAUUUUGCUAAACAAACUGUGUAAUUGAGUAAACGUUGCUCCAUUCUUUGUGUCCCUGACCAAAAGUUAGUAUUAAGGAGUUUGACAAGCAUGCCUUCUGUCCUUCCCUGCCGCAUAGGCACAUAGACACACAGCCCACAAGAAAUUUCAAGAUAGCCGAAGAGAGUAUUUAAAACUUGCAAAGACUUGUCCUGAGGAGGACUUCACGUGUAUCUGCUGAUUUUAGUUCAAACUCUUCGGAGAGGACAGGGGCUGGGAGGCCUUCAGAAGCACUGGCGUAGGAAUGUGGUGCACAGAUGAGCACACCUCGGGCUUCUGAACAUCUUCAUUUGAUCUUCUUCACCUUUAGUCUACUUUCGUAAGAAUGAGAAGGGCUCAAACGGCAUGCACUGCUAGAAAGCUGCACUGACCUGGAAGAAUCUGGUCAAAUCACAGCCUUCCCCUCAGAAGCAGAGUUGUCCCCCUUGACAGGGCCCUCCUGCAACUGGCCAUCCGUCCAGUUGCUUUUCUGACUAGGGGGUUCCUGUAGAAGGGUCCUGGCAGGGUCCUCUGGGGCAGGGCUGGGGGCCGCUCCCCCCUCACCACCCCCACUCUGUGCCUCCCUGCCUGCAGCCUCCGUCUGGUGUUGGCUGUGCCGGGGCUCCUGCGGUGAGCUUUGCUAUGUAGAGCGGCACCGUUAACUGCAUGUUGUCUCGUAUGCCGUUCAUUUUUCUUCAGAUUUCCAAAGCUCAGCAGUGUGCAAAGGGGGGUGGUGAGGGAAAGUGGGAAGGACACUUGGUUUUUAACUUUGCGGUUUUGUCUGUGGCUAAAACAAGACAUACGCCCACGCUUGGCACCAAGCCUUUGUAUGGUGACACGCCCCCCCAAGGCCACCUCCCCUCUCUGCCAGAGCCCCCAAUCCUAGCUGAAGGGUCCGACACGGGCUCCAUUCUGCCGACGCUCACCCAGAUUACCUUGGCCUUGGUGAACCUGAAUGAAAUGACAUGAUUGGGUGACGGGCUGGCAGGUCUCCUCUCCUCAGUGGGAGCCACACGGUAUCCACCAGUGCCCACCAAAGUCACAGAUGAAGAAACCACUUUGGCCCCAGACCACAAAAGCCAGUCUUGGCAGCUUCGCAGCUCCCCUGACUGGCACCAGCUGCCAAGGCCGGCCAGGAGAUCUUGCAAAAUACUCCUGCCUCGCCAUACCCUGCAUUUUUCAGGACCCAAGGUUUCAUCCGAGGUUAUUUUACCACCCAAAGUACUGCGUCUUUCACGUAGCUCGAGUUUGUGAUUUACUGCCAGACUUAGUCGUUUGCAGCAGCGCUUUCAGGCCAUCAGGACGCUGGGGUGUGUGAGUCAGAAGGCCUUGCCAAGAAAGCGCGGCCUUCCUCUGAUCCUCUCUCCUUCCUCGGCGUGUGCUUGUUUGUGUGCAGUGUGGUGGGGGUGCCGACGCCCUACCCGCAUGUCGCGUCGCCCGUGGCGUUCCAAAGAGCUCUGCAUGCCGGGGGCUCCUGCUGACUUCAGCAGGCGCAGGAACUGAGCCCCCCACCACCGCACUCUGCCCCCACCUUUGUUGUGCCUCACUUACAAUGGUGCUUUUUCAGUUGUCUGUCUUCUCUUAUGUUUUUAUUUGUAAGGUGCUGUAUAUAACUUGAAUAUAUUAUGCACAUAUCCUACCCAAUGGGUAGAACAAAAGAUUGUUAAUACUGUAAUAUAAUGUAUAGAUACUGAUUUUAACAGAAAUGGCAUAGAAUUUGUGAAUGCCUAUGUGCUUUGUCCUCUUUUGUAAGGAAAUUUGCAAAUGGAUGCAUACAGAUAAAAGUCUAUGUAGUUUAUUUUCCUAUUAAAUAUCAAUAUUAUAACACAAGGGAAAGAAGUCUGAACAAGCAAGCCACUGUUUGUGACCAGCAUAUGUAUGGCAAUUGAGAGUUGCAUCUUUGCUGUGAAAACCCUUUAUUAAAAAAAAUAAUUUAAAAAGAAUUCCCACAGCUUUUUGGUUGCCACUAGAUGCUUCAAUUUCAUCUCUUUAGUAAGGCUCAGUUGGACCAGUGGUAGUCAGAAAAAAAAAAGUUGUUUUCACCUUUGCUUUAUGAAAAGAUAGCUCAUGUUGUAGAAUAGUGGAGACGUCAGGCCCCAGGGAGAAGCACGUACUUCGUUAAAACUGCAGAAAUGAUGUCCAAGUUCAGUAAGUUGGCCAGCAGCAGAGGACUUUGUUCCGUACAGAGGCGUUGGCAGCCGUCUGUGUCCCUAGUCUCUCUGUGCCUUUUUCUUUGACAAACGGAAGCUGUGGAGCCAAUGAAUGAAUGCGUGUGUAGGGCAAGAGUAUCUCAGGAAAAACAAAUCCACUUAGGAGAAGACCCCACUCUUAGAAAAACAACUGUUUUGUUUUGGGUUAUCAUUCACAGAGAAUUAGCUACCAGCCAGUCAGGUGAAGAAUAUUCCUUCUAUCCAUUCCUGUCGGUGUCUCGUGGUGAUCUUGACAAGCUAGGUUUUGCCAGCAGUUAGGGACGACGUUUUCAGUCGCAUGUUCUGUCACACCUCUUACGCAGCAUCUAUCCUUUCAGCUCAGUGUUAAGUGUCCGUUAUGACCUCUGCAUUUUUCUUCAAAUAUCCUAAUACUAAAAAAAGGAAAAGGCCUAUCACGUGUUCACCAAAACCACGGUUGAAUCAUGGGUGUGUGCCUCCUUUCCAGUGUCAUCCAUAAAGGCAGUCAGGGAAAUUUUGCCCGUCUGAUCCAUAUUUCCACUCUACUCUGUCACCAGAGGAUAUUCUAAUAAAACCCAUGUUUUUUCUUUGCUCUGUGGCGUAUGUUCUGAUUUUGAAAAUCACGAGAAUCAUGCCCUUAUCCUCCAGAAAGCAGACUAUUACAGAUUCUCCUGACAUUGAGAACACCUCUACAAUGUGACCCUUGAUGCCGAAGGAUGAAAAGUCAGCCCUUCUCGCACUGUUUCUGAAAGGGCAUGACAGAUCGCUAUCUCCUGGGGGCUCUGUCCCCGUCCAGCCCCCGUCUGCUUCCCUUGUGAAUUGCAGGGGCUCCUUGUGGUUCUGGUUUGGCAUUAGGAGCCAAGGCCCUCUGCUGUCAGGAGCAACACUCCCACCCUUCCCGGUUCCUUCUCUUGGGAGAACUAUUGAGCAUGAGUGUCAUCAGAGAAUGUUCUAGACUCAGAGGUACUAAACUGUGUUACCACACCAUUGCUUCCUUUCUACAGAACUAACUGAGGCUUACACUUUACUGUUAAUGGUACUGGUUCAUCUUAAUGUGCUUGUUGGUAUCUUGCUAUUUUUCACUUCAUGGCUUUCAAAGAUCACAUUUUCUAAUUGACUUUGUCUAGUGGAAAGCUAUUUUUAAAUGUGUACAACAUUAUUCAUAGCAUUGAGUUCAUUUAAUUUUUAUUAUAAAGCAGCCAACUAAAAAAGUACAACUGUAUUCAAACUUUUCAGUAGUUCAUGUGAGCUCUGAUAACCAGGUCAUUAAAGUCUGUAACAGCCCUUUGUGCUUACUUUUCAACAUAAUUCCAAGUUAUAUACAGAGAAAUAUUUCCAACUGUUGUGUAUCUGCCUCUUUUAACUGAGCAAUGGUGAUGUAGUUCUUAGACCUAAGGUCUGUAACUGCAAUACUUUUAAAGAAAGAUGUUGCUCUAAGUGCUGUUUGUUAGUUAUGAAAUCAGCUUUUUCUGCUUGUUCUUAAUGCUGUGGUCAAACCAUAGCACAAAAUCAUUAAAAAUAAUCAGUGAUAUACAUGUGUCUCCUGUUUUUCUUUUUUGCAAUCUUUCAAAAACAAAGCACGUAUGUGGGGGAGGGGGGGAGA